AUGUGUUUUUCGGCAGCAAAGUGGAAGAGAGAACAAGUUCAAGAUCAUAAGUUUGAUUUUGUUAAUAUAAAAGAAUUUAAGGAAGAAAGUUGGUUACGUAAAAUAAGGUAUUCGUUUGUAUUUCUGGUAGUAAUAAAAUCAGUACUUGUAUACGUGGGUGAUUUAUGGACUGCUGGCAUUUUAUUAUUUCUUGGUCAUUGGGGGACAUCAAUACAGCCAGUCAUUCCUAUAGCAGUUUCAAAAUGGAUAUUUCUUGGUAGCAUCUUAGCUUCAUUUCUGUUAUUGAUUUUGGAUGGAGUAAAAGCAAAAUCAAUCUUGAUUUCAAAAGACAUUUCAUAUACUUUUACAAACACUGUAGCAUAUAGAUAUUAUACUGUAAAAAGUUAUUCAUAUUAUUGUUUCUUUUCUCAAAUUAAUAACUCUCAGAAAAUAACUGAUAGAAUAGCAUUUUUUGUAUUUUUCACAUUUAAGGGGUGGAAACGCCUUUUAUUUGCUGAAGCACCACGUCAAGUAAUUAAUGGAUUUACACUAUUUACAAUUUUUAAAUCAAACAAAUCAAGAAAAUAUUUUGAUUUGGAUGCCUAUGAAUCAAUAUCUAACGUUCAAACUUUUGCUGUGUUUGUGAUGAUGUUCACAGUUUGUGCACUUAUUAUAUCAGCCACUAUGCUUAUUUUUGCUUUUCUGUUAUAUAUUCCAUUAUUAUGUCAUAUCAGAGGAAAUUUAAAAGAAUUUUGUUGUCACAAAAUUGACAAAAGUAAUGACAAUAGUUUAGAAACUGAACCAAUUCUUGUUAAUGACAACGAUACUCCUUUGGAAAAUUUGAACACUAAGGAAGAGAGUGUAGCGGCUGCGCUUGUUUUUGCUAAUAAAGAUUCCACUGAUCGUAAUAAAACAACAUCACCUUUAAUAAAUAAUCUAACAACAAAUGAAUUACCAACUUCCGGAGCCUCUGUCUCAUCAUCUGCAGGCGAAGGCAGCAGCCGGGGAGUUAGGAGAAAUUCUCAAAGUAAGACCACUGAUAAUAACAAUUCAAAUAGCUCUUCAGAAUAUGAAUGUAAUAUUUGCUUUGACACAGCUGGAUCUCCUGUUCUUACAGUUUCACAGUCAUUAAAUCCUUUAUGCCCAGUUUGUAAGGCAGGGUGUGGACAAGACAAAGUGAUACCUGUAUAUGGACGUGGAAAAGAAGCAAAGGAUCCUAGAAAGAACUCAGAUAUUCCUAAUCGACCAGCUGGCCAAAGACCUCGGCCACAAAGAGAUCCAAAUCUACCUAGUACACAGUUUUUCCCUGGAUUAAACAUUCAUUCAACAACUCUAAUGCCACACUUCUCUAUUUCUGUCAGUACAAUUUUUCCUACAGUUUUUAGCCCACAAAUAACAUUUCCGCCUGCUAAUGGUCCUCCUUCGGAACAACAAGCAUUCUUAUCAAGAAUUCUUUUUAUGCUUGGAGUUCUCAUACUAAUAUGUUUUUAUUUCAAUUAA